AUGAACAUCAAAAGCCGCGCGGUGGAAUUGCGAACCUCAAAAUUCACCAACGAUGUGGGUGCUCUACAGAAGGGCGCAGAUUUCGUCAAGGCCUUUACUCUCGGCUUCGACAUUGACGAUGCGAUUGCGCUUCUCCGACUUGACGACCUAUACAUUGAAACUUUUGAAAUCAAAGAUGUGAAGACUCUCAACGGAGAGCAUCUCGGUCGCGCCAUUGGACGUAUUGCAGGCAAGGAUGGAAAGACCAAAUUUGCCAUCGAAAACGCCAGCCGGACACGAGUGGUACUUGCCGAUCAGAAGAUCCAUAUCUUGGGUGGAUUCAAGAAUAUUCAUAUUGCCCGAGAAGCAAUCGUCAGCUUGAUUCUGGGUAGCCCUCCGGGUAAGGUAUACGGCAACCUCCGAACCGUUGCCUCACGCAUGAAGGAACGGUUCUGAUCUUACGAGAUAUCUCAUCUCUUCCGGCAUGGUGUGGGCGUUAAUACAGGAGCAUGAGGGUUUACGACUUGUUUUCUUUUCUUUCGAGAUUAUAUGAUACUAGGCAUGAUGAC